AUGGCCACUACUGACCCUACCACAGCAACUAACCAAGAGCUGGAGCAACUAUGUCGCCUGGAUGAGUGUAAGUUAUUAAUUUGUGACGAGGCCUUCUUUAGGUUGCAUGGCAAACAAUUUGGAAGCCAUUCCCAUUGAGUUUACUCGUUUUGGGAACUUAAAUUAUCAGGGACUUAGUGUCAAAGUAUCGGCGGAAAGUCAAUUUUCUUACGGAACAGCCGGUUUCCGUUACCGCGAUGAUGUUAUGGGUUUUAUUGUUUACCGAGUGGCCUUAUGGACAUGUCUUCGGGUUAGGUAACUGCCGCCUUUUUUGUCCAGAGUGUUAGAUUUUUAGGACUCUUUCUUUCUACAACUUAGGUUUGAUGAUCACAGCCUCCCAUAAUCCGAUUGGAGACAAUGGAGUUAAAAUCGUCGGAGCCAAGGGUGAAAUGCUGACAACAGAGCUUCAGCAAGAAGUACAAGAUCUCAUAAACCUGAAUGACGAAGAUUUUCAUAUCAAAAUUAAAGAAAUGUGGACGCUUGUUGCGAAGAAGGACAUUUACACUGGUCUCCAUAUUGCUUGGGAUACCCGUCCGUCAUCUCCUUGUCUAGCGUUGGCAGCGCUAAGGGCGGCUCAACAGUGUAAUGUAAAGGCAAUCGCCCAUGGUGGGUAUCGUACGUUUGUUUUCAAGUCUUACUUUUAGGCCUUCUGACUACACCACAACUGCAUUAUGUGGUUAUGGCAAGUAAUAUGAGAGAGUAUCCUCUCAGUAGUAUCACUCAGAAGUUUACUAAUGCGGCAAAAAGUUUCCUGCAGGUAUGAAAUCUUCCACUUCCGUUAACCUCUGUUGCAGUUGUGUCCAGAGCCUCCCGUACUGCUUUAUCAGAGAGAUAUGGUCGCUGUGGAUUGCGCAAAUGGAGUUGGGGGAAUAUGGAUUGGUCAUUACUUUAAAGAGCUACCUCAGGGCUUCUUGAAAACCGCCUUUAAUAAUACUGAAUGUUUUUCUAAUGGAUUGAACAAGGACGUAAGUUAUUUCAAAUAGGAUUCUACAAGGUGAUUCAAAAAAAUGGAAACUUUUGAAGUUGGUGUAUCCCACCACGAAUACCGCAGUCGGUGGAAAGAAAAAUAGUUUUACAAUCGUCAACGAUCCUGCUUCAUGACACCUAUUUCAAUUUUUUAAAUAUUUUUGCUGAACGGCUUGUACGAGCCAAAAUGCUAGGUCAGCCCAUAUUCUGACCAAAAUUUCCAAAAAUUUUGUAGGUCCAAAAAUCUUUAACGGCCUGAAUUCUUACACCCAGCUGAAAACUGCGUGAUGACUGUUUAUUAAGAUACUAAGGGGAAUCUAGAGAGGCAAAAACGCUGACACUAUUCUAUUAAUAACGCUCCAGCGGUUCGCAACGCUAUCCACAAGAGACUUAUCCACAUAGUUCUGGAUUUUUGGGAUGAUCGGGUUUCAAAACUUAGCAGGGCGGCCUGGCUUGUGCUAAUAACGGCAAAAAGUGAUUCCUGUAAGACAUUUAACAUUGCUUUACAUGGGUCAGCAGUUGAUUUGAUUGUAGCUAGCAUUAUCCAUGUACUGGGCUUAUAAAAGUUUAGACGGCUAUACCCAGAGACGCCGAUAUUUUUUGACCAGAAAAAUUUUACUUUUUUGUUGGCUUUCUUCAACAAGCCGCACAACUACGACAAGCUGCAUUUAUACGAUAGUGAUAUAAGUCCGUUCUUCAAUUUUAAAUUGGUCUCCGUUUAAUUGAACAAACCUAGCCUUCAGAAUCCAAGCAUCUUUGCGAUGACCCAUCAAAAAGUCAAAAAAGUCGAAAUUUUGCUUGCAGUUUAGCCAACUGAAGGGUACUAUUGUUAAAAAUGCGUUUAAUAUACUCAAAACAGAGCAGUAAACGUGGUAUAAAUGGAAUUGGUUCUAAAACUUAGACCACAUUCGGCAGAUCAUAGUUUUUCAAAGAGCGCCCAUAUGAGGGUUGAUUUUUCCUGGCUGGUUGCCUAACUUUUGGCCCCUGGUUUUUCAUUGUCGGAAAGAACUGGAUUAAAUCCUUAUAAUAUCCUAGAGAAUAGACGUCUGUGUUUCGCUCAGGCCGCUCAGAACGUCUCGGUUACACCCUAAAGACAUUUAGGAACCGAAACUUUCCAAAUUUCGCCGCGGGAAUGGGUGCGCUGACCCGGCAAUUUUUAAGCAACCAUGUGUCGGCAACUUUUGCAGCUAGUGAACUAUUCUUGCAAUGAAUAUGUACACAUAACGUAGUAGUUUCAUGCCAUGUGUACCUUUUUCCGAGAAACAUUCAAAGCCAAGAAAAAUCGAAGAAAGAAAAGUGUCCAUUUUUUUGAAUCACCCUAUAUAAUAUAAUCGUGGUCUGUAAUGUUUACUUCUGAAGUGUGGCGCAGAUUUUGUGAAGAUCAAGAGGUCCCUUCCUACAGGAUUUGAGGGUUCUCCUCCAUAUUGCAGAUGUGCCAGUCUGGAUGGUGAUGCUGACAGAUUGGUCUACUUUUUCCGGGACAACGAUUUUCAACUCACCGUUCUUGAUGGAGAUCACAUCUCGGCUUUGUUUGCCAAGUUCCUGAUAGAUCAUAUUCGAGCCAUCCCUGCGGUCCAAGAAGCCAACUUUAGUGUUGGGGUAGUCCAAACGGCGUACGCCAACGGUUGCAGUACGCGAUAUUUCGGAGAAACAUUGGUGUGUUAACGUCUUAGUGAUUAAACUUAUGUUAUUUUAGCAAAUGGCUGUUGUCCGCGCUAAGACCGGGGUUCAGAAUCUUCAUACCGAGGCAACAAAGUUUGAUGUCGGGAUUUAUUUCGAAGCAAAUGGUCACGGGACGGUUUUCUUUUCCAGCCGUUUCAAGUCAUUCUUGUGUGAACUGAGGGAAGUAGAACCACAAAAUGCAUAUCUGGGACGAUUGUUGGCCUUUACGGAGAUUAUUAACGACGUUGUUGGUGACGGUAUCGCUGACUUGUUAGCAGUUGAAGUUAUUCUGAGACUUUACAACUGGAAUGUUUUGGAGUGGCAAAGUAACACAUACACGAAUGCGCCGAGUGUCCAGUUGAAAGUGUCGGUAUGUUUCCAGCUUAAAUAUUUUUAACUUUACUUUUGUUUUAGGUCGCUGAUCGCUCGCUUUAUCAAUGCAAGGACGAUGAUGAAACUAGUCUGGUGUUGCCUGAAGGCCUGCAAGAGAAGAUUGAUUCUAUAUUGGCGGAGUAUCCCAACUCUCGUGGAUUUAUUCGACCAUCGGGUACUGAAAAUAUUCUACGAGUAUACGCUGAAGCCGAGAGCAGCGCAUUGGCCACUGAAUUGGGUGAACGUCUUGAGGGGAUCGUACGUGUCUAA